CCAAUGUUUUGCAUUGUUUUCAGAGCAAAAUGAAGCUCAACAAGUUUGUUACAUCAGAUCGGAACAAGAACAGGAAGAGGCACUUCAAUGCCCCUUCUCAUCUGAGGAGGAGAUUGAUGUCUGCGCCUCUGAGCAAGGAGCUUGUGCAGAAAUACAACGUGAAGUCUAUGCCUGUCCGAAAGGAUGAUGAGGUUCAGGUAGUCCGCGGGCACUACAAGGGUCAGCAGGUGGGCAAGGUAAUCCAGGUCUACCGGAAAAAGUGGGUGAUCCACAUCGAGCGGAUUCAGCGCGACAAGGCAAACGGCGCCACCGUCUACGUCGGCAUCGACCCCUCUAAGGUGGUGGUGGUCAAGCUGAAGAUGAACAAGGACCGCAAGAAGAUCCUGGAGCGGCGCGCGGCCGGUCGGCUGGCGGCGCUUGGCAAGGACAAGGGCAAAUACACUGAGGAGACGGCCAUGGAGACCUCGUGAACCCGAUCUAUCCAAUACACCGCGGAGAGAGUU